UCUCUCAUUCUGGGAGGAUGUCAUAUGCUGUCCUCCCACUGUAGCUGCACAUGCGUGCCCCUGGGGGUGCGCAGCGCACAGCGUGAUGUCAGUGCCCAUAAUUGCCACAUACCAGUGUACAUCAAUGCCACAUAUCAGUGCCCAUCAGAGCUGCAUUUCAGUGCUGCCUAUCAGUGCUAGUCAGUGCUGCCAAUCAGUGCCAGUCAGUGCCUUCUGUCAGUGCCAGUCAAUGCCACAUAUCAGUGCCCAUCAGUGCCUCAUAACAGUUCCAAUCAGUGCCACCUAACAGUCUCAGUCAGUGCCGC